AUGGAGUCCACUUGUAUUUUCCCAAAGCUUCCAUCCAGACCUCCAGCAGGCAGUAGGCACUAUGCAUCGAUCAGUGCCAAAUUUAAAGGGCCAGGACCCGGGAAGUAUGGCAGGCAACCAUGCACUGGUGUUAAGGACCAUGACUUUACCAAGUACACUGAGCCAGCUUACACCAUGCGUUUGAAAUCCAAAGCAAAAAUGAUUGAAGUUGUGGAGAGUCCUGGCCCCUGUUAUUAUGUGGAUCCUAGCCUUUCGCACCUAGGAAUAUGGAGGCCAGCUUCGUUCCGUAUGGCACAGGAGAAAAAGAGAACAAACAUAAUUCCGACUCCUGCCCCGAAUGAAUAUUAUAUUGAGAAGAUACACCCAAUCGAAGAACCAAAUGCCCCAGCAUAUACCAUAGGCGUACGGACACGCUACUGGGAGAACAGCCCAACCCCAGGACCCAACAGAUAUACCUUACCAGGAACACUGGGACCCGGCUUACCUGUCAAGCCUUCUGCUCCUUGCCUCUCAAUGGCUACCAGCGCAUCAGUGUGGAGCUAUGCCAAAGAUCCGAUAAAAGGGCCCGGCCCGGCCAUGUACACCAUACCAGAGCCAGAUGUGUACCUACACCGUCAGCCUGCCCACAGCAUAUCCCAGAGGUUGACUCCCUCUAUCAAAGACAGCACACCAGGCCCCCUUGACUAUAGUGUUGAGCUGGUCACUGCCCACAAACCUAGAGCUCCGCGGUUCAGCCUGGGGAUUCGCCACUCUGAGUAUGUUCACACCACUCCUCCGGUUUGCAUUGUCAAAGAAUGA